CUCCCUCCGAAACCUCCGCAACCUCCCGCCAGCAAGAAGAGAAAGCGAGUGAGCGAUGACGUGCCCGAGUGCAAACCUCUGAAGCCGUUGCUGAGCGGCUCCAUUCCCGUGGACCAGUUUGUGCAGACCCUCGAGAAGCACGGCUUCAGUGACGUGAAGGUGGAGGACACGGCCAAGGGCCACAUCGUGCUCCUCCAGGAGGCAGAAACCCUCAUUCAGAUUGAGGAGGACUCCACGCACAUCAUCUGUGACAACGACGAACCUUUGAGGGUGAAACUGCGCGACCUGGUUCUCAAAUUCCUGCAGAAGUUUUAGCUGAGGGACAUCGUGCGGCGCUGCAAGGAGAGACCCCAGAGUGCCAGAGCUAAGAGCUUUCCAGAGGGCGACCCCAGGGAGAGAGGGAAUUUCUUGAUAUAAAG